UAACCAUCUUGAAAAUUCAAACUCAAGAAAAACCAUGUAUAUAUUUGUGUUUAACUGAGAUUUACCCAUGACCACUACUGCCCCUCAAUAUCAGGACUCCAAAUAACACAUGCACUCUCUCUCUCUCUCUCUCUCUCAAAUUCUUUUCACUUUUACUCAAGUAAUUCCAUUUUCCCCAGCAAACUACAGUUUUUUCCUUCAUAUCACACCAUUUUUAACUUAAUACAGACAUGAUUUGCAUCUACUAUAACUCUUGAAAUUCGUUACCUGGAUUUGAUGCCUUGAGAAUGACCCUUAAGAGUGGUACUGAGCAGGCCUGUGCCGCGUGCAAGUGUCAAAGAAGAAGGUGCACUUCUGAUUGCUCUCUUGCACCACAUUUCCCUGCCGAUCAGCCCAAAAUGUUUCAAAAUGCACAUAAGCUUUUUGGGGUGAAAAACAUAUUGAAAAUAUUAAAGCAGCUCGACCAGACUCAAAGAGUUAUUGCCAUGAAGUCGAUCAAAUACCAAGCCAACAUGCGAGAUAGGUUCCCCGUUUAUGGAUGUCUCGUAGAGAUACAACAACUGUAUUGCCAAAUCCAAGCAGGUGAAGAGGAGCUUCAAGCUGUUCUUGUACAACUUGCAUUUUAUCGAUGGAAUCAUCAACAGCAGCAAGAGAUCUCAUUGAACAAUGAGCCUCCGUCACAGUUACAAUUAGGAGUCGGAAUCGUACCUCCCGAGAAUCCCUUUUCACUUUUCCAUAAAAAAUUUCCUCAAUCCUAUAAUGCUGCGACAGCGUUGCCUACUGCACCACAGCCUUCCUAUUCUGAUAAUGGCAAUGCUGCUUACAACAUUAAUAUUUUGGAUUCCAAGGAAGAUAACAUGGUCAGUAAUUUAUGGAUUCAACAGACACUUAGUAACAGCAAUAAUAACAAUGCCAACUCAAUGGCAAUGCAAUCACAGUUGACAACAUCACAACCUCUGUCUGUUCAACAAGAAAUGACUCAAGAUUAUGAAGAGAUACAUCCAUUUUUUGAUACCAUCGAUGACAGGCAAUCCUACAUCGACUCCAAGGAUGUAUAUGAAUCUAGCUCGGAAUCAUCAAUGAAAGAUACAAGACAUUCUGUCCAUCAAAUGGCUGAAAAUGAACUAAAGAAUGCUGCUGCAUGCUUCAGCCUUACCAGUUUCAACUGA